GACUAGACUUGUUGUUAGUGACUGUGUUGACAAAUCCGUGUUUGUUUAGAAAAAUAAACCACAUUUCACAAGUCUCAGUAAAAACUUAUUAAAAAGCCGCUCAAAAUGUCUCUGGCGGACGAAUUACUUGCUGAUCUGGAGGAGGACAACGACAAUGAGUUGGAUGAAGAUGAUGCGGAGAUGGCUAGUGCCGAGGACGAAUCCCUUCUGGCGGAAAAACUGGCGAAGCCGAUUCCUAAUCUCAUGGACGUAGAUGUGACCGUGCAAUCCGUGCGGGAGCUCUGCAAGCUACGGGACUCGGAGCGCCUGAGGAAAACCCUCCAGCAGAUCGAGCACUACGCGAGUCGCCAAAGAACCGCCGCCGAAAUGUUGGGGAGUGUGGAGUCCGAUCCGGAAUACUGCCUCAUCGUGGAUGCUAAUGCCAUAGCCGUGGACAUCGACAACGAGAUCUCUAUUGUCCAUAAAUUCACCAAAGAAAAGUAUCAAAAGCGUUUCCCUGAACUGGACUCGCUGAUUGUUGGCGAGAUGGAGUAUCUUCUGGCGGUCAAGGAGCUGGGCAACGACCUGGACCAGGUGAAGAACAACGAGAAGCUGCAGGCGAUUCUUACUCAGGCCACUAUUAUGAUUGUAUCUGUCACAGCUUCAACAACGCAGGGAACCAUGCUGACGCCAGCGGAGAAGUCCAAGAUAGAUGAGGCUUGCGAAAUGGCCAUCGAGCUCAACAACUUCAAGUCGAAGAUCUACGAGUACGUCGAGAGCCGCAUGACUUUCAUUGCUCCCAACCUCUCAAUGAUUGUGGGAGCGUCAACGGCCGCCAAGCUUUUGGGAAUUGCAGGAGGUCUCUCCAAGCUUUCCAAAAUGCCCGCCUGCAAUGUUCAAGUUCUGGGCUCCCAAAAGAAAACACUCUCGGGCUUUUCACAAACCCAGAUGUUGCCGCACACGGGUUACGUAUACUACUCUCAGAUCGUGCAGGAUACUGCUCCAGAUUUGCGACGCAAAGCUGCCCGAUUGGUAGCCGCCAAGUCAGUGCUAGCCGCUCGAGUAGACGCCUGCCAUGAGAGUGUCCACGGGGAGAUUGGUCUGCGCUUUAAGGAGGACAUUGAAAAGAAGCUGGAUAAGCUGCAGGAGCCGCCGCCGGUGAAGUUCAUCAAGCCAUUGCCGAAACCCAUUGAGGGAAGCAAGAAGAAACGCGGAGGCAAGCGUGUGCGGAAAAUGAAGGAGCGUUACGCACUCACAGAGUUCCGUAAGCAAGCGAACCGUAUGAAUUUCGGAGAUAUCGAAGAGGAUGCUUACCAGGGCGAUUUGGGCUACUCGCGUGGCACUAUUGGAAAGACUGGAACGGGCCGUAUCCGGUUGCCACAGGUGGACGAGAAGACGAAGGUGCGCAUCAGCAAGACGCUGCACAAGAAUCUGCAGAAGCAACAGGUCUAUGGAGGCAACACCACAGUCAAGCGCCAGAUAUCCGGAACAGCCUCGAGCGUGGCCUUCACGCCGCUGCAAGGCCUGGAGAUUGUGAACCCACAGGCGGCGGAGCGAUCACAGACCGAAUCCAAUGCCAAAUACUUUUCAAACACCUCUGGAUUCCUUUCCGUGGGUCAGCGGACCACAUAAAGACAAGAUUUUUGAUUUUCUAUAAAAUUAAGCACUUUUAUUUGGAGAUUUGUCGAAUGUUAAAUGAGAUAGGCGUAGUAAAGCUAUAAUGUAGCUGCCAAAAAGAUUAAAUUUGUCGUUAGCUGAGCUUGCCCACCUCCAGCUUACGUUGAAUUGCCUCCAAGGAGUUGUUCAGCAGCACGGCCAAGAUGCCGGCUACUGUGAACACGCCGCCAAUGAUGGAGCAGCAAUUGGUGGCAAAGUGGCCAAAAGAGCUGGGUGGAUUAGGAAAUUGAAAUGAAUAAACUAUUUUAAAUUCAAAAAGUAGA